AUGGCCGCUCCUAGACCAAACAGUGGUGCGGCGGCGUUCGUGCACGCUCCCACGCCUACCGGCCUGUACGGCUGGUCAGACGAGACCGAGGAUGAAGAGGCUCGCGCCUUGAUGGCAUCCGCCGAUGAUGCCAAUGGCCAAGGAGCAUCUACUGGACCUCUCCCGGAGGAGGCAGAAGGAGAAGUCGGCGUACUCUUUGUCCAUAAUGUCAUGGCAUUCUGCCAACUUAACUGCGAGAUAGACCUCGAUGCCGCGUGUCGCGCUCUUGGGAAUUCGGUUUACAAUCCUGAAGAGUUCCACAGCGUUCGCGUGGAUGUCCGUUGUCGGACAAAUUGUGUCGCGUCCAUCAACAUAUUCAGCAACGGAAAGAUGCUCGGGACAGGAGCCAACACGGUGGAAGAACUGCGGCGAACAAUGAAGAAGAUAGCCAGGCGGCUUCAGCGCCAUCCUCUUACUAGAUAUAAAGUUUCGAUGACGCGGUUCCGAGUGUCAAACAUUCUCGGGAGCUACGCUUACCCCUACCCUAUUUCACUACACACUCUUGCAGCUCAGAGGGACCUGCAUGUCGACUAUGAACCUGAACGCUUUCCUGGCGCCCGCGUGAAGAUUUCAAUUCCAAAAGCGUCAGAUGCGAUUCCUGAUGAGAAGAACGCCGAGAAGGCAGCGAGAGGCGGUGCCUGGACAUCGCAAGGCUCGUCGCAUCGCCCGCAGGGCGCGGGCGGCAAAGAUGAGAUUGUCACACUACAGCUCUUUUCUACGGGGAACGUGACUCUCACCGGGGGCCGCUCUUUAGAGAGCACGGCAUACGCAUUGCAGUGCGUGCUACCUUUUCUGCAGAUGUGUCAAGUGGUGAACGGGACAAGUUGA